AUGUCGGGACGUGUUCAAAAGGUUAUGAUUCCUCCUAUUAAUUUUGUAUUCAAGUUGUUACAACAACAUACCCCAGUUCAGAUAUGGCUUUUUGAACAAGUAGAUUUACGAAUUGAAGGACAGAUUCGGGGAUUCGAUGAAUUUAUGAACAUUAUCUUAGAUGACGCCGUUCAGAUUGAUGCGAAACAGAAUCGACGUGACCUUGGUAAGUUAUGCAGAGUGGUUUCUGGGAUUUCAAGGAAAGUAAGGCUUGUUGACAAAGAACCGAAAAGGAAAAGAGAAUUAAUGAAUCAAAGAAAGCCAUAUGGUAGUCUAGUCCCCCCAAAAUUUCUCUUGCGGCACUCUGUUUUUGAUUUGUGUGUAUUCUAG